UUCAUAACAACAAUAAAUAAAUAAUAGUCUCUCAAUCAUAUCUUUAUCAUUAUUUCUCUCCUCUUUAAAUUCCCUUAAAAUUUGCUACCUUCUUUGUUACUUGAAGAGUAGAGUUUUUCUUUUUUCUCCUCUCUCUCUCAAAGUGAAAAAAAAUGUUAUCUUCACUACAAGGGUGCAAUGGAUUUUUGCAGCAUCAAGUACUUGUUGAUCAUCAAAGGAAAAAUGGUGAUGGAAAAUCAUCAAGUAAUACAAAGAAAAAUAAAUCAAAAGAUUCAGCUGUAACACAUGCUGUGGCUGAACGUAAACGCAGAGAAAGAAUCAAUGGACAUCUUCAUACUCUCAAGAAACUCUUUCCUUAUCUGCCUAAAAAGGACAAGCCAAGAGUACUAACAGAGGCAGUCACUCAACUAAAGGAACUAAGGAAGAAUAUUGCACAACAACUAGAGUUGUCAUCUUUAUUUAUACCUAGUGAAAAUGAUGUAGUUAUUGUAAAUUAUUGUGACAAUGAAGAACGAACCGUUAAAACUACAGUUUGUUGUGAGGACAGACCGGCUCUGAACCGUGACAUAUCGUCAGCGAUUCAAUCGGUUCAAGGGCGGGUUGUCAAGGCGGAGAUGGCCACGGUCGGGGGCCGGACCAAGGCGGAGAUGGUGGUGGUGUUGGCUAAGGCAAAUGGAGGAGAAAAAGAUGUAGCACAGCUUAAAAGGGCUUUAAAGGCUGUUGUGGAAAAUAGGGCUUUGGGCUUAGGUAGUUCUAUGAUAUUGGGCCGAAGAUUUGGGUGACGAUAAAUGGGCUUCAACAAGGACCUUAACAAUGGUUUAAGUGUGAAUAGCUAAGUUGGCUAUUAAU